CAGCGAAAUGGAGUCGACACCAAAAAUGACCAAGAAUCUGUUGAAACUUCCGAUUGAAGAAAAGGAACGCUUCUUCGAUUCCUUCGACAUGGUCCAGACGGACUGUGAUGGCGUCUUGUGGAUGCUCGGGGAACCGUUCGCUGGUGUCGAAUUCACAAUCCGUGCAUUGCGAAACAAUGGCAAACGGGUGAUUUAUGUUUCGAACAACAGUGUCCGCACGAUGGCGGAUUAUCGCGGCAAACUGGACAAGCUGACGGACUACACAAUCGAUGAAGAGGACAUCAUACACCCGGCAAAAAUCGUCAUUCACUAUCUCCGGCAGAGAAACUUUGACGGGCUGUGCUAUGUGAUUGGUAGCAGCAAUUUCAAGGCCUGCUUGCGUGAAGCCGGCUUCCAGAUACUGGAUGGGCCAAACGAACCAGUAAACGAAUCGAUACGAGAAGUGGCAGCCGUCGUGAACGAUGGACAGCCGGUAAAGGCGGUAAUAGUGGACUUUGAUUACAACAUGAACAAUAUUAAGCUGCUGCGGGCACAGAUGUAUCUGCGGCAUGACGCCCUGUUCAUCGCUGGAGCAAUGGACAAGGUGUUGCCCGUUGGUCCGCGGACGCGCUACAUCGGACCGGGAUGUUACGUGGAGAUACUGCAAAAUGUGGCGGACAGGAAACCGAUCGUACUGGGCAAACCGGGCCUGCCGAUGAGCAAGAUGCUGAAACAGAUGUACUCGGUGGAAGAUUCCCGGCGGGUACUGUUUGUGGGCGAUCAGCCCGAAAUGGAUGUCAAGUUCGGACACACUUCCAACUACCAAACGCUGCUGGUUGGUACCGGCAACUACAAGGAGGACGACCUGCAGAAGCUUGCCGACAAACCGGACGAGCUUCCCGACUAUUACAUCGAUUCCUUCGCCGAACUGGAGCAGAUUGUGCGGGAUGUCGUUGCGUACAAGGCACGCAAUGUCACCAAAUGUGGCCUUUAGUCAAAAGCGUUGAUUUCCUUGUUUGUUAUAUUUAUUUGUCAUUUUUUUAACGCAUUCUAUGGGUCGACGGGACAAUGGAUGAAGCUAGGGCUAGCGCUGGGGUCGGCAACUGCGCAAGGGAAUGUAAAUAAUGGGGAAAUUGCUCCUGAAUAAACAUCUUGCCUAUGGUUAA